AUGCAACAUGUAGGCCUGGCGUGCCUGUCGCCUGGCUUCCAGACCCACGAUCCGGUCAUGCGAGAGCAGCUGCAGCGCAGCCUCUCUGUGCGGGACCAGCAGCGGUCAAUCAUUGAACAGCGCAUGCAGAGAUCAGCCAAGGAUGAUGGUCCGGACGGUGUUAAGCCUUCCGAGUCGAAUUUGAUGGGAAUGCCCAAGACUGCAUCAAAGCGCAGACCUCCCGCUGGUCUAUCCAUCGUCCCUCCAUCCGCUUCCCAGUUCGCGAACGAGCGAGUCAUCCAAUCUGCUCCCCUACACCAGACUUUCACUGGUAGACAUCAGCCACAGCCAUUGACCCGCCAUGUUGUCAACCAGAGCCCGACCUUGAGCUCAACUUCUCACAUGCAUCAGCUGCCGGCAAACCAAACAAACAAUCGUCUUCCUCCCCUCUCCGAUGUCUUCGGUUCCGAUGCAUUGGGUCGUGACCGGGAUUCUGGCCUCGCUAAUAUCCACUUGAAUGCAUCGAGCACCAACUCCUCCCAAUCCAACAACUUGGCGCCGAUGCCCUCCCCUGGUCUGCCGCGGAGCGUGGCCCACACCCCCAACCGACCGCGCGAAUAUCACUCAGCCGAAGAGGCCGUGCAAGAGAUGUCCGGUGGACGAGAGGAGCUACUGCCUCGCAUUGUCCACUAUGGAGGUCACCAACCUCCCACUCCGCCAUCCCCACAAGUACUUCACCCCGGCCCCAAGACUGCGCCUCUUGCCCCGGAACCCCAAGCGCCCCACGGUCCGCCUCCUGCCUCCUUUGGUAUGUUCGCUCCGUCUGACGUUACGGCACGCCGGCGUCCUCGGAGCGAGUAUGAACGCGAUAACGGAAGUCCGCCGCUGGGCCAUGGCCCCGAAUCUCAAUACCGGCCCAACCCAGCUGCCAUGCCUGGUCCACAUGCUUCAUUCCCUGGACCUUUUGGCGCAGGAAGAGACUCGCCUGAGACGCAGCGCAGAAAGAAGGAUGAAUUCUUGGGUCUCUGUGCACGGGCUUGGGAUCUGUUCCACUCGUGA